UCUUGUGUCUCGUUCAGUAGAGCCUAUGACUGGUUGGGGUCCAGUAGAGACUAAAGCCAAGCAGAGGAAGCCUUCUCAGGUCACCCAGUCUGUGUUCUACCUGGAAGAUGGUAACUUGGGUGUGGUGUUCAAGUCUUACCCCAAACCUAAAAGUGUCCGAAAGUCCAUCCCCUUAGUGACUCUGCCAAAGCAGGAAGAGAUCUGCUCGACCAAACGGUGGCUGAAGAUGUUCAGUAUUAAGAGGCAGAAGCUUGACAUCUAUAAGCUGGUGUCUGGACCUGACUGUACUCAUCAUAAGAAGCUGGUCCCUUCGGUCCUCAAUAGAGUGUCUGCCAAAUACUGCUCCAUCUUCCCCAGUGUCCACAUCAAU